AUGGUGUUCGACGAGUACUCGUGGGUCCACCACGAGGACUCAACGGAUGAUGGCGAAGGCUCGGAGGUUACCAGAAAGGACCUAUCAGCCGAUCGUGAAGCAGAUCCGACGGCGGCAGGAAGCGCAGAGGACUCUUUUGCCCCCUACUACGAGCACUCAAAACCAACAAAUGGCCACACAAUCCAUUGA